CUAUGUUCCCCGGAAUGAUCCGUUUCUCCGCAAAACUUUCUUUUUCUGCCCAAUUGUUUGUUCUGCCUAAUUGUUUGUUCUGCUUCCCGACAAAUAAAUUUAGUGGACAAACUAUGCGGCUCACACUACACGCAUACUUUUCGAAUUCCUCGUUUCGUUCACCCAAGUUCCAAAAAAAAGGCUCGCUUCUAGAAUUCUAUUGUUUAGUCCCUGAACAAAGUUCUCAGCCGGUUAUUGUAAACCUUCACUUUCUUUUGGACAUCCUGCGUAGAUACCUAAAUAUUGAUCUGUACACAACGCCACAAUAUACCCUUAUGCAUCAUACGUAGCUCUGCACAAUGCCUGCAUAGAAUAGGUUUCUUGAUGUUACAUCCGAUAAUAUAUACAGAAUAUGUAUACCGAGGAAGAGGAAGGCGAGGCAGCCCAGAACCCUGGCCUCAGGAUCUGAUACAGAGCUACUCAUCACACUCUCCUAAAGUCUCCCGCUUACUAAAAAACUUCACCAUGCGUUUCUCUGUUGUUGCCGCUAUUGCCGCCUUGGCCUCUAUUGCCAGCGCCCAGUCCGCCUACUUCCCCUUCGCUCCCCAGGGCCCAUGCGUCUCCCAAUGCACCAAUUCCGUCGGCAAGACUUUCUUUGCCAAUUACAACGAUAUUGAUGAGUACAACCAAUACUUCAUCAUUUCACUCUCCUAUACUUUCGAGCGUGGAACCCCCACUACUCGCGACUUCAUGACCAAGGCUGGUAUCUGCAUGAGCAGCUGCCCUCAGAAUGAAUUGGACCUUUACACCGCUGACUACUCUCCUAAGUUAGAGUGGUACAAGGCCAACAAGAACCUCCCCAUCCCUCCUCGUCCUUAA